AUGGGGAACGAAGCGAGCCUGGAAGGAGGCGAAGGGCCGCUGUCUGGGCUACCGGAGGGGCUGGUACCUGACGGGAAGGGAGGCUUCGUCCGGCUCCCCGGUGGGACGGAGGCCGACCUGAGCCAACUCAGCGAGGAGGACAGGAGGCAGCUCACCGCGGCGAUGUCAAGGGCGCAAAGCAGGCAGUCCGGAGGCGCAGCAGCUGCACGAAGGCAGGGCUCUUUACCUUCAGAAGCUGAUGCCCAGCAGCGUUCCCAGCAAGUAGGAUCUGGGGCCUCCAGGGGCCCAGCUGGACUCAGUAAGAGCCUCACUGUAGACGCCUUCAACCAGGGUCCGGCUGGCAGGCCCACACCAGGCCGCAGCCCCUCCUCCCUCAGCCUCCUCGAGUCCCGAUUCCGGCAGGAGCCAAAGGACCCUGACACCAAGUCCAGCGGCAUGUUUGGCUCCAGCUUCCUCAGUGGGGCCAACCCGCUCAGUGCCGUGUCGUCUAUGACUUCCUCUGUCUCUUCUUCUCUGUUUGGAGAGGAUGAGGAGAGAGAUGCUUCUGGGGCCAAGCAGAAGGGCCCCCAGCAAGGCCCAGGACCCAAGGGACCAAAACAAGGAGGGCCACAAAAACAGGGUCAGCCCCCCUCUGGGCAAGGGCCAAAGCCAGGGCAGGGACCCCCUGGGCAAGGGCCAAAGCCAGGUCAGGGACCCCCUGGGCAAGGGCCAAAGCCAGGGCAGGGACCCCCUGGGCAAGGGCCAAAGCCAGGGCAGGGGCCCCCUGGGCAAGGGCCAAAGCCAGGGCAGGGACCUCCUGGGCAGGGGCCCAAAGCAGGCCAGGGUCCACCAGGCCAAGGACCCCCAGGACAACAGGGACCCAAACCAGGACAAGCGCCACCAGGUCAAGGGCCCAAACAGGGUGGUCCUCCUCAGCAAAAAGGCGGGGGCCCUCCACAAGGACCUGGGCAGGCUGGACCCAAGCAGCAGGGACCACCUGCACAGCAAGGGGAACCAGCUAAGCAAGCAGGGCCCCCUGGUCAGCAGGGGCCUGGAAAGUCUGGAAGUGGGCUCUGUCCACUGUGCAAGACCACCCAGCUGAACGUGGGGUCCAAGGAGCCGCCUAACUACAAUAACUGCACUGAGUGUAAGAGUCAGGUCUGCAGCCUGUGUGGGUUCAGCCCCCCAGACUCGGCGGGUAAAGAGUGGCUGUGUCUGAACUGCCAGAUGCAGCGAGCAAUGGGGGGCAUGGAUCCCCCUGGCAUGAUGAAGCCCAAGCAGGGCUCAGCCCCUCCCUCACCUCAAAGACAGGCAUCAGGCAAACCGGGCAAGCUGCUAAUCAAGCAGCAAAGUACCACUGACCCAGGGUUAACGCCACCAACAACACCCAAGCAGAAAUCCCCAGGCCCUACCUCUCCAGGACCCGUAUCCCCAGCCUCCUCUGCGGCAGGAUCCCCAAAAAUCGACCCUAAAACUGGCCGCCCAAUUCAGCAGAAAUCCAGCCCGCAGCCCUCCCCAGCCAAGGCCAAACAGGAGUCUAGCUUCUUUGGGGGUUUGGGGGGAAUUAGUCUGGGAGGCCUUACAGACGCAGCCAAACCCCCAGCAGCUGCCUCUCAAGCUGCUGAGUCUGUUACAGGGAAACUGUUUAGUGGGUUUGGUGGGUCAGCGAAGCCCCAAGGGCAGGCCACACCAAAGCAGGAGGAGUCAGUGGCUGGGAAAUUGUUUGGAGGCUUUGGAGGGUUGACGGAAGCACCAAAACCAAAACCACCAGCGGCCGCUUCUCAGAUGUUUGGCUUUGGAUCCUCUCUCUUGAGUUCAGCCACUAAUCUCGUCACUGGUGCAGAGGCAUCAGAUUCACCACCUGGGUCACCCCCGGACUCCCCCGCUGACUCAGGACCAGGUUCCCCUCCCGAUUCUGACCCUGGCUCACCCCCUGACUCCCCCUUCUCUCCUCCGGGGUCUCCCCCUGAUUCUGAAUCCGCUCCUGACACCCCACCAGCUAAGCCCAAGAAAGCCCAAAAAUCCUUUUCCAUGGAGGAUCAAGAGAGGGCCCCGGCAGCUGAACCCACUCCAAAGGCAACUGAGUUCACUCCCCCAGCUUCAGCCUCCGCAGCGAAGGAAAACUGCCCCCUCUGUAAUGUGGAGCUGAACUUGGGAUCAGCUGACACACCCAACUACAGUCACUGCACAGAGUGCAAGAAGUUGGUGUGUAAUCUGUGUGGAUUCAAUCCUACGCCUCACCUUGGAGAGAAAGAAUGGCUUUGCCUCAACUGCCAGACCCAAAGAGCGAUGUCGGGCCAGCUGGGAGACGUACCACCUCCAGCCAUGGCUUCCCCCAAGAAGCAGCCACCUGCUUCCGCCCCUGCCCCCUCCUCCACCCCUGCCCCUGCUGCUAUAGAUAGUAAACCUGUGGUAGAAGCAGCAGAAGUGACCCCACCUGCUCCUGAGUCCAAGGUAGUGCCCACAUCCACCCCAACACCUGAUAGUGUCCCAGUUCCAGCUGAGAAUGUUGCCCCUUGUGCUGGUAGUGCCCCUAUUUCUGAUAACAACCCUCAGGGGACAACACAGCCAAAAGAACAUGAACAGGUAGAAGUAAAUGAAUCAGUGUCCAAGACUGUAUCUAAGCCACAGGAAACUCCCAUUUCAGAAAGUGUAGUUGAGAGUGUUCCUGAGACAGAUCCACCACAUGUUGAGCAGCAAGCACAAAGUGAAACUGCCAGUGCUUGUCCUGCAGAAAGUGAGCCAGAAAAGCCAUUGCUUGAUAAAGGCUUAGAUGAGAAGCCAGUUCCUAUUGAGGGAGCCACAGAGCCAAACGCAGAGAUUGCUCAGAGUGAGGCAAAGGUGGAGGAGAGUGUUUCAGCACCUCCCACAGAUAAUGGGAAAGCAGAGCAACCUUUAGAAAAGAUUCCAGAAGUGGCACCAAAUUCGGCUGAGCCAGAACCUGCUGCAGCCCCUGAACCAGCCACACAGGAAGCUCCUGUACAACCUUCUGCUAGACCUGAGCUCUCAGCUUCUAUUGUAAAAGAGGAGAAACAACCUCAAACAGAAAGUAUAGUCGCUGACAUUAAGAUGGAAACUACUGCAGGAAUGAAGGCAGACCAAAAACCAAUAACAGAAAAGCUGGCAUCCACAGAGGAUGCUCCUUGUCUCUCAGCUGGAGAUCCUGUAGCCCCUGCUGACAAAGUUGAGGUCUCUAAGCCUGAUGGGAGCCAGCCAGAAUCACAAGCAGAGCCACCAAAAGAUAUAGAAGAUGUAAAGGAGAGAGCCCCCGUAGUUACAGAUAUAAAACAGCCUGUCACAGCUCCAGUUGACAUGGGUGAGGCCAACAAGGUAGAACACCUUGCUUAUGUAGCAGAAGAUAAACCUGCAGAGAAAGCGCAGGAGCCAACUCUUGCUGAUGAGGCAGUUACUAAGAAGAAUAUAGUUGGGGAAGAAGCACCUGAGGAGAAAAUACUUGAAAAGGCCAAGGAGCAGAAACCUCUUGCGGACAAAGUUAAUGAUAAAGAACCAGAAUCAGGUCCAGUACUCUCUUCUACUGAAACAGAGAAUGUUGGCCAUUUGAUUGAGAAUAAAGAAUCAGAAAGAGCAGGAAAGCCAGCUCUACCUGUCCCAGUUAGUACAAACAUUUCUGAAGAAGAAACACUGAUACAGAAAGAGCCAAAGCAGUCUGAGGAGAAAGAAAAUUCUGUGGCCCAAGCAGAAAAUAUAGCACAGAAAGAGGUAAAACACACACCUGUAGAUACAAAGGUUGAAGCAGAGCCAAAAGUAGAUGAUAAAUCUGAAAAUACACUGGUCAGGUCUGUUCCCCCAGCUCCUGAUGCUAAUGAACAAGAAAAGGUCAAUGCCAAAAAGUCCGAGCAAAGGGUAGAAAUGGUGUCAUCCUCACCUAUCGUUAGUGAGGCACAGGGCCUAGAUGAAGUAAGUGAACAAAAACCCACCCAGAUGGAGACAGAAAAUGAAGCACAAAAGACAAAUACCAUUGCUGAAAUUAAACAAAAAGUCGAGAGAGAAGAGUUACCUCUGAGAGGCAGUGAUGAGAAACAGCCUGAUAAAGCUGCUGUGCAAGAAAUGACAACUAAAGAGAGGGAAGAAAAGCUUGAAAAAAAUGAGAAAGAAGAUGGGUCACAACCUGUUGUUGGCAACAAACAGGAACCUAUUUCAGUAUCAGAGACAAACAUAGUCUGUACUAAAAAAGGAAGUGCAGGGAAUGAUGUGGGAGAGGGCACAAUUUCAAAAGGGGAUAAAACAUCUGACACUGCUUUUGAAAAUAGUUUGUCUGCAGCUUCAGUCCCUGUAGCAGAUCCUGACAUACCAGGCUCUAUAGUUAGUGAGCAAGACAAAGACAAAUGCCGUAAAGAAGAGAAUGCUGACACAGAGAAGAAAAAGGAAACGGAAGCUCAUCCUCUGGAAAAGCCCACUGAUGCAGAUUCAGUCGCAGAGGCUAAAAAGGUGAAGGAGACCUUGAAAGAGCCUGGAGAAAAAGAAAUGGCUGCCAAAGAAAGCAGUCCCACUAGCCCCUCAGACUUAGCCAAGCUGGAGAGUACAGUCCUUCCCAUUCUUGAGGCCCAGGCAAGCACACAGCCAAAGGAUGAUGAGGAAAAACUCACUGACACACUAAAAACCAGGCGUAAAUUAGAGGUACUUCCUCUAUCACCUGAUUCUCCCAGUUCAGAAGAGGACAGAGACCUUCCUGAAAAGAAGGAUACCACUGGUACCCCAAAGAAAAAACUCCUUGUACCCACAGGUGUUAGGGCAGACUCACUGGAUGACAGCAGUGAGAGUUUUGGAAAAGAAAGCCCUAUGUCUGGGGAUGAUGAGGACUUCAUCCGAAAACAGAUCAUGGAAAUGAGUGAAAAUGAGGAUGCUUCUCCAUCUGAUGAGGAAAACUUAAUCCGACGAAAGAUCAAAGAGGAAGAGAAGAAACGUGUAGAAAAACCAGAGGCUGUGGAGACAAGUACAUCAGGAAAAGCCAGACGACUUCUCAAGAAGAGCACUGUAAGCCCAGAUGAUGAAGAUGACAAGCAGUUAUGCUCCUCACUGGAUAAACCUGAGACAGAGAAGGAGGUGGGACCAGAGCCAAAAGAAGGGGAGCCAACAAGUGGCAUCGCAGUUCGCAAAUUCCGAACUAUGGAACUCAAUGCAACUAGCACUCCUAUGCGUGUAUCAAAUGAUGAUGGAGAACUUGAAAUGGAAAGCCUCACAGAUUCGCCAGAUGACCGGUCGAGAGGUGAGGGGUCAUCGAGUCUACAUGCAUCCAGCUUCACUCCUGGAACAUCUCCAACAUCUCUCUCCUCUCUGGAUGAAGAUAGUGACAGUAGUAGCCCCAGCCAUAUCCGCUCUGGUGAGGGAAAACAACACAGGAAAGCUAAACACAGACAACCUGGCCAAAUGUUGCCCACUAUUGAAGACUCUUCUGAGGAAGAAGAGUUACGCGAGGAAGAAGAACUGCUCAGGGAGCAAGAAAAACAGAAGGGCUCUGGGAAAAAAUCUAAGAAAGACAAAGAAGAGAUCCGAGCCCAGAGGAGGCGAGAGCAUCCAAAAACGCCACCAAGCAACCUUUCACCCAUUGAAGAUGCAUCACCAACUGAAGAAUUGAGGCAAGAGGCUGAAAUGGAGGAGAUCAGACGCUCAUCUUGCUCUGAUUUCUCCCCCAGCAUUGAGUCAGAGCCUGAAGGGUUUGAAAUCCAUGCCGCAAAGAUUGCAGCAGUCCAGAAAACUUAUCAACUACCUACAUCAGUAUCUCUUCACUCCCCAACUGAUGAUCAGAAUGCUGACAAACCACAGAAAAAACCUCUCAAAACUGCUGAUGAGGCUUAUGAGGAGAUAAUGCUGAGGGCUAAGUCUCCAACAGUUGAGAAAGAUGAGAUCCAACCAGAGAAAGAGUCACUAUAUGGAGGCAUGCUUAUUGAGGACUAUGCCUACGAGUCCCUUAUCGAUAGUUCAAAAGGCGAGUUUGAGGAUCCAGGGAAGAUCACUGUUCCUGUUCAGCCCAAAAAGCUGAGGUCACCAGAUGAAGUAUAUGAAGACAUGAUAAAGAAGAGGAAAGAGUUCAUGCAGCUGGAGCAAGAGUAUCAAAAGAUGCAGCCAGUAAAAGAAAGUACCCAACCAAAAAUUGUGUUGCAACCUGCUGAGAGUACUGUUUCCAAAAGCAGUACAGUAACACUAGGCAAGGAUGGGAAGCCACUGCUGGAUGCUGAAGCUGCCUAUGAAGAGCUCAUGAAGAGAGUUCUGACUCCUGGAACGAGUCCAACACAACAGGAGCCAGAGGUGGAGGUCACAUCAUCUAGAAGGGCACUCCACCCCAUUCCAGACUUAAAAGUGACCCAGUGCUCUUCAGGAGAGUUGUCUUCUGAUGAGGAAGUGAGUGUGAAUAAAAAGGUAGAAAAAGAGACAACUGUUUCUUCAGACACACCAGCAGUAACAUCAGCUGUGGAUACUGAACCUGUGGCAGUUGUUUGUGAGGUUCCUCCAUCCACAUCACACCAACAACCUCAGACCACCACUGCAGCAUCCCAGUCUAAUGUUGUGGAUUUAUCCAAUGCAACCCCCAGACCAUCAGCCUCUGCGGUUGUCAGUGUAUCACCUUUGCCAACUGUCCCCCAGUACACACCCACUAUACCCAGCUUAGUGUCAACUGCCCCACCUGUGCCACCUAAGCCAAACAUCCUACGUAGGGCUAACUCUCAGGAAAAAGCAGAUGUACCUUCCGCACCUCCAUUGCCUCCCCCCACCCCACCAAAGCCCACAGUUUUUCCCAGGAAACCUCCAGUACCACUUCCACCUCAGGCUUCAGCAACUCCAGUAAGGCCAGAACCAUUGGCUUUGACUACAGCCCAAGCACCUUCUGCAAAGCCAGUUGCACCAACAUACAAACCUCAUGUUCCUCCUCCAGUUCCUCCAAAACCAUCCAUUCCAGCUGGCAUGGGAUAUAGCCAGAGACCAGGAGAUGGUAUGAAACCACCAAUUGCACCAAAACCUGGCUCCCAGCCAUCUUCACCUGCCCAUGUCCCGCAACCACCAAGACCCACUGUGCUUGCCACAGGUCCUGCUGACGUAGCUCUGAAUCUGAGUCCCUCUUCUGAAAGCAAACAGUUUCACUCCUCACCAAAGUCUCCAUCUUCACCAAGAUAUGCCAGUAAUCUUCGUGACACCUAUGUGGUCAUCACACUGCCAUCUCAGCCCAGCUCUCCUGUAGAGGGUGUCUCAACCCAAGCCCCCACUAGUCCUGAUCCAGCAUCUCCUUUGCCUCAACCUCAAUCAUACCCACAACAACACCAACAAAUACCCCCACCACAAACAACCAGGGUGCCUCUGGCAUAUACACGAGUCACUGAGUCUAUAGAAAGUCAAGAGAUUUGUGGCCCAGAAAAACAUGUGUCAAGUUCUUGUCAUAUUAUUGAAGCUAUAUCAGCCUCAGCACAGCAACCUGUGGUUACACCUAACCUCGUCUCUCAAUUGGUCACAACAGAAGUUCAAAGAACCACUGUCUCUGUCGUACAUGAAAGGACACCACCACCAAUGCCAACUCCAAGAGCAAAUGGUGUUCCAGUCUCAGUCGAGAAAUCCAAAUCACAACUGCCAGCACAGAAUGGUCAGGCCUACCAACCUGGUGAGGUAGUAGAUCUUAGGACUAUGAAGGCUGACCCAGAAUCAGACAUGAAAGGUGUGGAUUUGUCUGCUGGCCCAGAUUCAAGGCAACAGUCCUUUGUAACUGACACCAGUAGUCGUCAGACCAGUGCAGUGCAGUCACCUGUGGUCAACCUCAGUGCUGAAUCUUCCACCGUUUCCAUAGUUACUGAUAGCAUCACCAUUGUGACCUGUGCUGCUACUAUCCAGCGAUAUGACAGUGUAGACACUUCACAAGCAUCUUCAUUGCCCCUUCAGUUAACAAAAAACAAAGCAUUUGAGCCUGUUUCACAAAUUAUCUAUCGCCCAAUUGAUUCUCAGCCCUCCACUAAUGCCAAUGCAGAAAUUCCCAUCAACCUCUCAGUUGGAUCAAGCACAGGUUUAGGAACUUUCCAGACCCCUCCAGUCACAAUUGCCCCCUCUCCUGUCCCAGGUUGUGUGGCCAAUGGAUUAACUACAGUUACAACUACAGUGGCAGGGGCCAUGGACCUUAGCACAACAAAACCAUUUAAUACUGUUGUGUCAGUGGAUGCUGUUUCUUCAGAAGUGGUCACAACUGUGAUCACAGAGGAUGAUGGCAAACCUGUAGAUCUAACCGCGGGGAAAAGAGCAGUUUGCUGUGAUGUUGUGUACAAACUCCCAUUCGCAGGAAGCUGCACCACUCAGCAGCCUACCACACCUCUGCCUGAAGACCGUUUUGGGUAUCGAGAUGACCAUUACCAGUAUGACCGCUCACCCUAUGGCAUGAGAGGCUUCGGUGGAAUCAAACCAUCAAUGUCUGACACUAAUCUAGCAGAGGCUGGGCUCUUCUUCUACAAAAGCAAGAACAGCUAUGAUUUCAAUGGCACCACAGAGGGUGCAGUAGAUCUUACCUCAACUAAGAUUUCCGAUGCAGGUGAAGCUGUGGACUACUCCAAAAAAGGGGCAUAUGCAGGAAUGACAAUUCCACCAUAUUCCCAUGCCAGAGUCACAGGUGCUGUUGGUACACUCUUUGGCACAAGCAGUGUCUUAAGGUCAUCAAAUGGAGUGGUGUAUUCUUCUGUCGCAGCACCAGUACCAUCCACAUACGCCAUUACCACCCAACCUGGGUCCAUCUUUAGUACUACAUACAACGCUUUCUCGGGUAUGCAUACCAGUGACACCAUGCCAUCCCUGUCCAACCUCCAGAAUUUGCCACUUACACGGUCCCAUAGUUUCCUCUCCACCAUCUCCACUACUGCCACAGGAGAGCAAGGUGAUUCCCCACUCAAUCUGGAGAUCUCAAAGGAGGGCACCACUGCAGCUGAUGCUGUCACCACUACAACAACUUCAUUAUCCCUUGACACGUAUACUGAUGCAUCACUGGAGGCCAUAGCUGCCUCACUGGAGGCUCUGUCCUCACCCAUGGUUCCCGAUGGUCAAUAUCAGGCAGAGCGUGAGAGGCUAGAGAUGGAGAAGCUCAAGCAGCAGCGCCUGGCUGAGGAGUUAGAGUGGGAGCGGCAGGAGAUACAACGUUUUCGUGAGCAGGAGCAGCUCCUUGUACAGAAGGAGCUGGAGGAACUACAGGCUAUGAAACAGCAGAUCCUUGCCCAGCAAGAGGAAGAGAGACAGGCUCACCUUAUGAUGCAAAAAGAGACCUAUGCCCAGCAGCAGCAGCAGCUUGAGCAGAUUCAGAGGCUCCAAGAACAGCUUCGUGUGCAACUAGAGGAGCAAAAGCUUCGACAGAUGUACCCAGGUGGAGACAUCCCAGGGCAUGGACCACAGGAGGCUCUCGUUCUAGGUCCUGAUGGCACAGUGCUAGCCCGAAAGAUUACAGAUAGUGGGUGCCAGACAGAUGAGGAGGAUGAUGCAGUCAGCAAAGCUUACACAUCAGGAAGGAAGAAGAGAAGUGCUAAAAAGAGUGUUGAUAGUUGUGUGCAGACUGAUGAUGAAGAUCAAGAUGAGUGGGAAGUUCAGACCAGAGGCAGACGAAGCAGACCGCGCACUGCAAGGGGGGAUAGGAGUGGGCAGUCAGAGAUGUCUCUUCAAGCCCACACAGAGAUCUCUAUACAGACUGAUACAGAGGGUAACAUAAGAAUGGACACCAGGAUGGAGCUGUCUGACUCUGAAAGAACCUCACCGAAAAAACGACCUACCCCCUUAGAAAUAGGCCAGUCCCCCAACCUCCAAGCUGACUCCUCCACACUACAAGCCCCUCCUAAAUCCCCUAAAGUUCUCUAUUCACCUAUAUCUCCCUGUAUAUCCCCCAGCAAAUCCCUUGAGUUUGUGUCCUAUGAGAAAUCAUUGGGUGAUACAAGCCCACAAAAACUAAGAGGAAGUACCGAACCAUCCAAAGCUUCUCCAGCAAGUCCUAGGGGACCAAAGGCCAUGCAGAGAUCCAUGUCUGACCCUAAGCCCAUGAGUCCAACAGGAGAAGAAAGGGCAUCAUCUGGUACACAGUAUGGUGAUAGCUACACUGGAAAAGGCUCAGGUGGCACACCCACAGGUACUCAAAAGAAGGUGAAGAGGACUCUUCCCAAUCCACCCUCAGAGGAUGAGUCAACUGCCAGUGGCCAGACAGCAUAUAGCACUGGUUCUGCCCGACGGAGAAUGUGCCGCAAUUCUAACAUGGCACGUGCAAAAAUCCUACAAGACAUUGAUCGGGAGUUGGAUUUGGUGGAGCGUGAAUCCUCCAAGCUACGCAAAAAACAGGCAGAGCUUGAUGAAGAGGAGAAAGAGAUUGAUGCCAAGCUCAGGUACUUGGAGAUGGGCAUUAACCGCAGAAAGGAUGCUCUACUAAAGGAGAGGGAGAAGAGGGAAAGGGCCUACUUGCAGAGUGUGGCUGAGGACAGAGACUACAUGUCAGACAGUGAAGUCAGUAACAUCCGGGAGACAAGAGGUAGUCACGGAGGAGGUGAAGAUGAGGAGAUGGGAGGUCAUGGUCUUGAACGACCCAGGACAGCACCACAGUCAGAACUGGAUGAUUUUGUCCCACCUCAAACCAAGCACGAGUAUGGGAAAUACUCUCAAUACCAGUACCCUCAAAGCCAAUACCAGCAAUCUCUCUACCAGACCCCACAGUCCUACCAGUCUCAAUCUAUCUACUCGUCUGUCCCCUCACUUACUAGUUCUCAGCAGCAGAGCUACCAUCAGAUGCUCCUGCUCCAGCAGAAGGCAGCUAGACAAGCAGCCCUUCUCUCAGAGUUGGAUGCCACCAAAUAUGAUGUCAUCAGUCGUCAACCUGAUCCCACAUCAUCUGCCUAUCUGGGUGUCAAGUAUGAUAAAUAUGGUAACCACUUAGACCUCCGAGCCUUGGAAGGGGGAAGUAUUGCAGGUAGCCCCAUGUCAACUGUGUCUGAUUCCUAUUACACAGAUGUCGACCACCACACACCCCGAAGUUACAUGUUGCUGGAAGAUGCUGCAGAGCUGGCCAAGGGCUCUACAGGUCUGUCUUCAUCCUAUAGCCUUGCUGAGAGAGAGCUAGCCAAGGCAGAGAAGCUGUUGCGCAGAAGUGCUGCAGAUCUAGGGUCCACUGACUACCUGGGCUCCACAUCCAGACUUCAUUCUUAUGGGAAGACCCCUGACGAGGAGGAUUCAAUGGAGGAGCCAUACGAACUGAAGCUCCUGAAGCAACAGCUGAAGCAAGAGUUUAGGAGAAGUACGGCUGGGACAGAAAGCUUAGAACAACUGACAGGUCUCUCCCAUCAUUACUAUACACCUAGCACUGGUAUCUCUAGUUACUCCCAAAGACAGUACCCAAAGUCAGAGAAGUACAGCAUCAGUCGACUUACUCUAGAGAAGCAAGCAGCUAAGCAACUCCCUGCAUCCAUGCUGUAUCAAAAACACAAGACUCCACUAAUAGACCCUAAGAUCUCGAAAUAUUCUUCUAUUACAGACACCAGAGGUUUGGAGACAGACUAUACCAGCUAUCUAGGGUCUAGUAGUGGAUCCCCAAGAUCCAGCCGGCUUAUGCAGGAUGAGAUUACCUUCGGCCUACGGAAGAAUAUUGCAGAGCAGCAAAAAUACCUUGGUUCCACCUUGGGCGCCAACUUAGCUGGUUCACUAAAUCUUGGCCAGAGCUUGGGCUUGGACUCUGCCUAUCCUAGUGGUAGCCGCUCUAGACCCUCAUCGAGGCCCACCUCUUGUUAUGGCCUGGACCUGUCCAUCAAAAGAGACCCUUCCAGCUCAUCCCUGAGGCUUAAGGGGGACGGUGAAGCAUCUGGGGAAGGGUCAAGCUACCAAACACCCUCUGGUCGCACCAAACCCACCAGCUUGCCUAUUGUGCAAAGUGGGCGUGGCAGAAUCCCUAUAGUGGCCCAGAACUCAGAGGAGGAGAGUCCACUGAGUCCCGUUGGGCAGCCUAUGGGCAUGGCCCGGGCAUCAGCAGGACCUCUGCCACCCAUCUCAGCUGAUUCAAGGGACCAGUUUGGUUCCUGCCUAUCAUUACAGGACUCUCAGCAACAACCUCAUAUCAGGGAGGAGCCGACAAGGGGUAGGAGCUAUGCACUGCUAGAUGACCUUCAGGGCACAAUGUCAGACAGUGAAGCCCUAAGUGAUUCCCUGAUGGCUUUGAACAGAGACGAUGCAACCACUGCCUACCACCUCAGACGAGAAGAGACAGAUUGGUUUGAUAAACCUAGAGACGGACGGUCAGAAAACGGACAAGAGAGGAGACAGGGGAAAGGCCCAUACUACCCCUUCCCUCACCUCAGAGUCAAACUGCAGAGGGAUCCAAAAGACCGCAGUGUCUCAGGAAAUGGGUUAGGCAUCCGUGUGGUUGGAGGGAAAGAGGUCCCAGGAAGUAAUGGAGAUAUUGGAGCCUAUGUUGCCAAAGUCCUGCCUGGUGGAGCUGCAGAACAAACAGGAAAAAUUCUAGAGGGAAUGCAAGUCCUGGAGUGGAAUGGUGUUCCUCUGACAGGGAAGACCUACGAAGAGGUGCAAGGGCUUGUGGGACAGCAAUGUAACGAGGCCGAGCUGUGUGUCAGACUUGAUCUCAACAUGCUGGCUGACUCUGAGGGUUCCCAGCACCUGGAUUUCCAGGAGCACACCAAAGGUGACAGACCUCCCAGGUCUCCAGGUGUUGACCCUAAGCAGCUGGCGGCUGAGCUGCAAAAAGUGUCGCAGCAGCAGGCACCCCCCGCCUCCUCCUCUGGCCUGCCUGCCACCACCUCGGCAGCCUCCAGCCCUCAGCCAGGCUCACCCUCCGUUAGCAAGAAACGCCACAGUGGCAAGGCAUCAGAAGGAGCCAAGACCCAGUCCCACCCCGUUUCUGGAGAGAUUCAGCUUCAAAUCCAUUAUGACAAGCAGCUGGGCAACUUGAUCGUUCAUGUCCUCCAGGCCCGAAACCUCGCCCCACGGGACAACAAUGGCUACUCUGACCCAUUUGUUAAAGUCUACCUCCUGCCAGGGAGAGGUCAGGUCAUGGUUGUCCAGAACGCCAGUGCUGAAAACAAGAGGAGGUCCAAACACGCAGGCAAGAGUCUCAACCCCGAGUGGAACCAGACUGUCAUUUAUAAGAAUAUACACCUUGAGCAGCUAAGGAAGAAGACCCUGGAAGUGAGCGUAUGGGACUACGACAAAGGCUCUUCUAAUGACUUCCUAGGAGAGGUCCUCAUUGAUCUGUCGAACACCGCCCAGCUGGACAACGUCCCACGGUGGCUCCCCCUGAAGGAGCAGAGCGAAGGGGACCACCACCGGCGCUCGCACUCGGGCCAGGGCCGUCAGCAUUCCUCUAAACCUUCCUCACAGCACUCCUCCCCAAAAACUACCGGCUCCUCCCAUGAUAUCCAGGACUCCCCUAAAUCGUCGGUCAUCAAGAGCCGAAGCCACGGGAUCUUUCCCGAUCCGGCCAAGGACACGCAGGUGCCCACUAUCGAGAAAUCUCACAGUAGCCCUGGCACAUCGAAGCCUUCCCCGUCCGAGGGCCUGAGCCAAAGCCACAGCCACGGACACAGCCAACACUCUCGCUCGCACGGCGCUUCACGCUCCAGCAAAAGCGCCGCACGGCAACACCAUCAGGACAGCAGCACUGGAAGUGGUGGAGGCGCUGCCAUAGCAACGGGCGAUGCCCCUCAGCAGCCACAGCAGCAGCCGCCGCAACGCCUCCAACCAAGCCAAAGAGGCCGCCUCUCAUUGAGGCACCACAGACACAGCGUAGUAGGCGUGCUCACCAUUCAGAGAGCCCAGUCCGAUUGGCUGCCUGCCCUGCCAUCGGUUGUGUCGGCCAAAGGGAGCAGAGCAGACGGCAGACACCUGACCCUCAGGAAAGCCGUGUCAGAAGAGAGGCCGCAGACCACCGGAGCGCGGUCCAGCUACAGGUCUGGCGAUGCUCCCGUCACAGCAGCCUCACUGGACAGCGGCCUGAGUGGCAGCGCCUACAGCCUAUUGGACGAGGAAGGAGAGAUGAAUGAGGUGGACAGUGCCAUCUUCCAGGUUCCCCGGUUUGGAAAGAUCCCAAAUGGCACAGAUGUGAUGAAAUCAUCAAUGGGACACACUGACUCCGAAGGUAAGACCCAGGUAAUGGGAGAGAUAAAGAUCGCUCUGAAGAAGGAAAUGAAGACGGAAGGCGAACAUCUGGUCCUCGAGAUCCUCCAGUGUCGUAACAUCACCUACAAAUUCAAGACUCCAGACCACCUGCCUGACCUGUAUGUGAAGCUCUACGUGGUGAACAUCGCCACCCAGAAGAGGAUCAUCAAGAAAAAGACCAGAGUGUGUCGUCACGACCGCGAGCCAUCCUUCAACGAAACCUUCCGCUUCUGUAUGAACCCCACCGGACACUCUCUGCAGCUGUUCCUGGUAUCCAACGGGGGCAAGUUUGUGAAGAAGACGCUGAUCGGGGAGGCCUACGUGUGGCUGGACAAAGUGGACCUACGCAAGCGAGUGGUGAGCUGGCACAAGCUGCUCGCCAGCACCGCGCAGAUCCACUCGUAAAGGGAGACUCAUCUCGAUGGGGCACAGAGAAGCUUCUGAUGUCUGGGGAUGCCUGAUGACUUCAGCAUCUCCGUCACUGAAAACCACUUUUCUUAAGGAUAGAAUCACAGGUCUAC